UGCAGAGAUCCCACCUCUAGGAAGUUAUGGACACGAAUCGCUGCCAUUGCGAUUAGACCAAUGAACACAAGGAGGGGUGGAUUUUCCGGCGAAUAUGGGGGUGAAGCUGGAGGUUUUUAGGAUGGCGCUGUACCUGUCCUUUCCUGUUACAAUGUUUUGGAUAUCUAAUCAGGCUGAGUACUUUGAGGAGUAUGUUAUAAAGCGCAAGAGAGAAAUUUGCCCCCCUGAGAAAGAUGAACAGAGAAAAGAAUUGGAGGCUUUCCAGGAGCGGAUGAGAAAGAAGAGAGAAGAAAGGCUGUUAGCUGAAGCAGAGAGACUGAAACAUACAUAAUUCUGCCCCUACACAUUUGGAAUCCAAUCCAGUGUCCCUCUUCCAUUUAAAACCUACCGUUCAUAGCUAUAAUUUGUCCCAUUUCAUGACCUCUAAAUAAAUAUUUUAUAUAAAAAAACAA